AUGGUAAGCAGGACUAAUGCCAUCACGACUACUCCGGCGAUGCGUAUGAAGGUUCCGAAGAAGCUGAUCGAGCAGUGCUUGCGGCUUUAUCACGAUAGUCUAUACGUGAUCUGGCCUCUACUUUCCUACGAUGAUCUUCACAAACUUCUAGAGGAGAAAUACGAAGACAACUACGUCUAUUGGUUUCUGAUAGCUUUGUCGGCUGCCACCCUCAGUGAUUUGCAAACUGAGAUAAAGCUUGAAGACGGUACUUCUUUCACUGGAAGACAGUUAUCCAGCCUUUGCAUUUCAUCGUGCCAACAAUUCGACGACCUGGAUAAUAGCAAUAUAUUCAACAUUAUGACAUACUACUGUUUGCAUCGUAGUUUUGCGCAAAUAUCCAAUACGAGAACUUCAUACCGGCUUUGUUGUGAAGCUGUUAGUCUAAUUACAGUGGCUGGCUUACAUCGGGAAGAAGCCUAUGUGGCUCUUCCAUUUGAAGAACAGCAGCUUAGACGGAAGUUGUAUUAUUUGCUUCUCAUGACGGAGAGAUACUACGCCAUAUACCUCCAUUGUGCGACAAGUCUGGAUGCUACUAUAUCGCCGCCGCAACUUGAGUUUGUUUCCGAUCCUCGGCUUUCUCUGGAUAGCUUUCUAGAAAUGAUUAGGAUAUUUACCAUACCAGGGAAAUGUUUUUUUGAUGCUUUGGCUGCUAACUCUGCCAGCAAUUCCUGCACCGAAGAGUCGCUGAAGAAAAUAUGGAAAGAACUUCAUACAACACCUUCAGAGAUAGAGCCGUGGUCUAAUGGUUACAUAGAUAUUUCGUUUUCUAGACAUUGGAUUAGGAUACUAGCAUGGAAGCUCGUGUAUCUAAUGAGGGGUACAAAUUUUUCUUCGAAUGUUAACAAUGAGCGCAUACCAGUCGAAAUCGCUCGGGAUAUGUUGAUAGACACUUACUUGACCCCAGAAAAUCUAUAUGAUGUUCACGGUCCUGGGAUACCGAUCAAAACGCUUGAAAUAGCCACUGCUUUGGUGGACAUUGUAGGGCAAUAUGACCAUAGUAUGAAAUUGGAGGCUUGGAAUGUUUUGUAUGAUGUAUCCAAAUUUGCUUUUUCCUUAAAUCAUUACAACAAUGAAAUGAUCAAGAGGUUUUCCACAAAAUGUCAGAGUGCCCUAAUUACUUUACCCAUUUCUAAAUCUUUGCAAUUAGAUGAUGAUUCCAAGCAUGAUGAGAACAUAAUUCCUUGA